AUGCAGAUUAGACGUCAUUACACUUUACAUACAAAACGAUACGUACAUUCAUAUAGUUUUACCAUGAAAUAUUUAUCACUCUUCUUGUUGAUUGCUGCUACUGCUCUGGCUAUUAAAAUAACAUCAGCUGCCACUGGUACUGAGUGUCCACCGCUAGGCAGUAGGUGUUUACUAAUAAAAUGUGCUUAUGGCAUGGUCAUCGAUGAUAAUGGUUGUACCACAUGUAAAUGUAAUCGAUGUCCAUUAUUAGAUUGUCUAAAAUACAUUAAGUGUGCUUAUGGCAUUGCUCACGAUGACAAUGGGUGUCCAAAAUGUGGAUGUAAUGCAUCCCCUCAGAUUCAAUUGAUUGAUUCAAGCGAUUGA